UAAAAUAUAAAGUAUAUAUAUAAGCCCACUAGAUGUGAUUGAAGCAUAUUGCGAGCAAUAUGAAAGAGAUUUUGUAAAUUUUCUCAAGUUACGCUCAAUAGAAUUGGUGAAAGGUGGGCGUAUGGUAUUGACUGUGAUGGGCAGAAAAAAUGAAGAUCGCUUUAGCAAAGCUUCUUGCUUCCUGUUGGAGCCUAUGGUCAGGGCUCUCAAUGGACUGAUUGCAGAG